AUGUACCUCAAAUACUAUCCCAGUCUCGUCAGGCGUGCCGCAAGGCAGUGUCCUCGCACAACAACCAAACUGUUUGCCGAUGACUGCCUACUCUACCGCAAGAUCCAAUCUCAGGAUGAUGCCAACAAACUUCAAGAGGAUCUUGACUCCUUGCAGAAGUGGGAGUCAGACUGGCUUAUGAAAUUCAACUCUCAGAAGUGUCAAACUAUCUCAGUAACCAACAAGCGGAAUCCACUAAACAUGACAUACUCCAUUCAUGAUCAACCUUUACAAAAGGUCAGCUCUGCAAAAUACCUUGGUGUUCAUAUUCAUCAGAACAUGAAGUGGAACCACCAUAUUAGCAUGGUCACCAAGAAGGCCAACUCUACACGUGCCUUCUUGCAACGUAACCUGCACUCAUGCCCAAGAAGCGUCCAGGUUCUAUGUUAUAAAUCUCUCCUCAGACCUGUCCUGGAAUAUGGAUGUGAAAUGUGGGACCCCUUCACCAAGGACAACACCCGGAAGCUGGAGAUGGUGCAGCGACGAUAUGCUAGAUUCACCAUGGGAGACCAUCGUCGCACUAGUAGUGUCACCGAUAUGCUACGACAGCUACAGUGGCCCACCCUUGAAGAGAGAAGAGCCCAGUUCAAGGUGGUGAUGGUUUAUCGCUUGGUCAACACAAUUGCUGAUGUACCAAAGGUACAGUACUUCAACCAGGCUGCUACUUCCACUUCGCUUCGUGAAUUGGCCGACUGGGUGCAAGGAAAUGAACUACCUUUGAGAAAUCAAUAUUGGGAUGAAGUAGGACAAGUGGAAGAGGAGGGAGAACUUGACAUUAUGUCUCCUGAAUCUAACAAGCGUCAGUAUCCUGGUGGUAAAAGACAGUAUCCAGGGGGAAAACGUCAAUAUCCAGGAGGGAAACGGCAAUACCCAGCUGGUAAGCGUCAGUAUCCAGCCGGUAAAAGACAAUUCGUUGGAGGUGAACUUAUACCAUCACCGGAGCUACGUCAAUGGCCCGGUGGCAAACGUCAGUGGCCAGGCGGUAAACGUCAGUGGCCCGGUGGUAAACGUCAAUGGCCAGGAGGUAAGCGUCAAUGGCCAGGCGGUAAGCGUCAAUGGCCCGAAGUUAAAAGGCAAUACCCUGGUGGAAAACGGUCAGAAAGCGAUCAAAACCUUCUAACCAUGGAACUUCGACAGUACCCAGGAGGUAAACGCCAGUGGCCAGGGGGCAAGCGACAGUAUCCUGCAGGGAAAAGGCAAUACCCAGGUGGCAAGCGACAAUUUCCGGGUGGAAAGCGCCAAUUUCUUGGUGGUGAACCACUUGAACAAGAAUCAAACAUCAACAAGAGAUUCGCUCCUGAAGACGAUACUAUGGACCUCGUUAGGCUAUCUCAAUUAUAUGGCACGAACAAUGAUGUGAUGACAGAUGAGAGAGAGCUUGCUCUGGAAGACCUCCUGGAUGAAAUCAUGGUUGACACUAGGCCAGAAAUUGAUGAUUCGAGGGAUAUCUUACUAGGCAAUCUUGAUCAAGAUGAUGCUCUUGCUUUAGAUUUAUCAGCUUUACUUGCAAACGGGUGGUAACAUCACUGAUCGAAGAAACCGGCUUCUGUCUCACUGUUGGUCUUUUAACAGAAUAUUUUCGAAAAAGAAAACAUGAGAAAAAAUACACUUUACACAGAACCACCCACAGGCUAGCUAUUCUUAAUGCAUUAUCUCACCAUAUUACAGUCAGUAAAUACGUCUCUUUAAAUAUAGUAAGGAUUUUGUAAGUUUGAUUUAUGAAUCAAAGUAAAUUAACAAAGCUAAUUAUUAAGUAGUAAAGGUAGGCAUUGCCUUUGGAAAGUCAAUUGUAAAUUUGGUUCUUAUUUGAAUGAGAGGAGUAUAUAUCGAAAGGUACCUUAUUCUAGGAAGAUGUGGAUGGUCAGAGAUAUUACUGCUACUACUACUACGACUACUACUACUACUCUCUCUCUCCCGUUCUCUGCAGAACAUCGUACAUACAUGUAUAUAACGUAAGGAAAUGGUCGCAGAGGUGAGAAAUUAAUCGAGAUAAGAUUUUCAUUUACAUGUAAAUUCGUAUGUAGCGAAUGCUAAUAGCGAAUGCUAAUAGUAUUAUGGUAUGGAAGGAGGAACCCCAAACACUACACAUUUUUGUUCAAAUUUGUGUUUCAUAUCAUGAUUGUAAAUAAUAUAUGAGCAAAUUGCAAUGUUUAUAUGUUCGUUAUGUGUUCGUUUUAAAGAUAGUGUUAAGUUUUCUAUUAUAUUAUUCUCAGAAAUGUUGUCGAAAGUUGUGUGAAGUCAUCAUCAACAAUUAGAGAUGAUUAAAUCAACCAACACCACUCUGCCCUAUACGACACUAAAAUCCGUCCUAUUAGAUUAACAACAUAGACAAACAUUCUGUUCAUUCUAAUAUUUUUUUUUUUUUAAGCGUACUGAUCCUGAUGUUGUAAAGCUUAUUCUUGCUUCAAGCCGAUUUCUUUUAAAAUACGAACUUGAUGAAAAUGUUUCAAAACUGGUAACAACUAUUUUUAUACACUACUUUUGACAAUGGAUGAAACAUGCUUUAGUCUAAUUGAGAGUAUAUUAUCUUAGCUCUCCUUAAUUAUACAAAGUCAAAAUAUAUAUUAGCACCCAUAUCGGCUUUGAAACACAUUUCGUGUAUCCUCACUUUCAAUCAAAUGAGUGACAAUAAAAACCAAAUUUAUUUUUGUCCUGAAUUAAUAGGGCAUAUGAAUAAUACCUUGUUUGGAGUGGUGAUGUAUUAAGAGGAAUGAAUAUGAUUUUCCCAAUUUAAAAUAUAACACAAGCAAUGAAUCUUGCGAUAGAAAUGGAAAAUUGUACCGUGAUUCCGCUCGUGAGAAUUCAGGAUAGAAGUAAAGAAAACAAAUCAUGUAUCUGCAAAAUUGCAAGUUUCUCUAGUUUUAUUCUUACAAUUUCGAGAUGUAAUGAUAAAAAGUGAACAAAACAUAUAUCAGAUAAGACAACACAUUUUCUUUAAUGCUUUAUGGUGCGUUACAACCAAGGGACUCCUGACAGUAAAGAUAUAUCCGUUACGUGACACUAAUUAUGUCAACCAUAUUAAAAUGUUGUAAUAAUACCUUGAAGAAAAGAUCAUAUGAAAAGUUCCUAUUCUCCCAUCAAUGAAGACAGUAUCAAAUUACAAACCUUGAUUCGCGCUCCAGUGAAAAAAAGUAUAUUAAUCGGCUCUGGACAAUGUUCUUGAUCAAUGAAUAGACAUAUAUAUGACAUUUCGUAAGCUUAUCUUUAUAAUCAUUUUUUUUAAACUCAUUUCAUGAUAUAUUUCUGUUACAUAAUCAGCAAAUUGCUUGCGAUAACUAUUUAUUGCAAGGGGAGCUGGUCAGCACAAUGUCCAAUCAACUAGUUUACUUGGUAUGCUAUUUUUGUAUUUGAAAUAUAAAUGUCUCAUUAGACGCACGGAUAACUUCCGUAUUGUCGUAAAUUAUAAGGGAUAGUAAUCUAGGUAGUGAUUAAAUAUUUACUAAUUGAAUACAUGCAAAUAUUUAUCCCUGUUAAUCAAUAAAAAAUACCUACUCCAAGUAUUAAUUAGUUUGUGGGGUGUACGGUGAGUACCAAAAAAAAAUCGCAAUUAAGAGCGACUUGUUCAUGAAUAAUUAACGGUAGAUUUGUUUUCUUCAAGAAAUUAGGUGAGUGGAAUAAAAUAAGAUUUUAUCUGCCGACUCCUGAUAUAUACUGUGAGACAUACGAUAUAUUUUUUCUUCUGUUGGAUAAAAGUUGAAUUGAGCCUUUUCAAUUAUAGGAUGCUAUCACCUGUUGAUUCUGACAUCAAUUAAAAUGUAGAACUUUACAAGAACAUGAUUGAUUAGUCAUAUUGUAUUGUUUAUACAUGACAUAAUAGUAAUCCAUUCACAAUGAUUAUCAAUAAUCUACAAGGCCAAACUUAUCGGUAAUUAGUUUGUUGAAAAUAUGUAAUUAUCCUUGUAAUGUCAGUGUCCGUUCAAUCAAUUAUACCUAAAUAAAAUUUCAUUUUGGGGUUCUGCGAGUGUAA